ACACGUCUCAGCCGUGCCAUUAUAAGCCACCACGUCCGUCUUCCCCCUCGUCCCUCCCGCUGGGCUGCGGCUGAAGGCGAGCGAGCCGCCGCGGCGGCGAGGGGACGGUACCACCGAGGAGGCCAUUUUGGAGCCGUUGAGGGAGAGACCGAGCGGGCGGAGGGCGCGGCCGGGCGGGACCCGGCCCCCCGCGGCAGCGGCUCCGGCGGCGAUUCCCUCCCUGGCGGCGGCUGGCGGCGGCGGGUGGAAAUGAGCAGGUCGGCGGCGCUUCUCCUCUGCCUGCUGGGCUGCAACGUGUGGAAGGCGGUGACCAAAACCUUAGGGGCGCCCGAGGCGGCUCAAGAAGUAACGCUGAAGGUCCAUGUAAGCGAUGCCAGCACACAUCAGCCAGUAACUGAAGCCUUCAUUGAGAUCUUUACCAACCAGAUCUCCAUUGCAUCUGGAACCUCAGGAGCAGAUGGCACUGCCUUCCUCAAGUUUCAGUAUAAGUUGGGCAAUCAGCUGAUAGUGACUGCUAGUAAACAUGCAUAUGUGCCAAAUUCUGCACCAUGGAAACCUGUAAGAUUGCCUGUGUUCUCUUCACUGAGCCUCGGCCUUCUUCCUGAACGCUCUGCUACUCUAAUGGUCUAUGAUGAUGUAGUCCAGAUAGUCUCAGGAUUUCAAGGUGCACGGACUCAGCCGCAAGUUCACUUUCAGCGAAGAUCUGUGAAAUUACCAGAGAACACUAGCUACAGCGAUUUGACAGCAUAUCUAACUGCAGCCAGUUCACCUUGGGAAGUGGACAGUUUUCCUUAUUUGCAGGGAUUAGACGGAAAUGGAACAGGAAACAGCACUAGGUAUGACCUCACCCCUGUCACUGCAGUCAGCGUCCAUCUCCUCAGCAGCGAUGGGACUCCCGUCCCCGUGAAUGGCCCCAUCUACGUCACAGUGCCUCUGCCAACAAACAGCAACUUGAAGCACAAUGCGCACGUUCCAGCCUGGAGGUUUGACCAAAAAUUUGGGACAUGGCUGAAGAGUAGUUUGGGCCUUGUACAACAAGAAGGAAAUCAGUUGACUUGGACUUAUAUUGCACCUCAGCUGGGCUACUGGGUUGCAGCUAUGUCACCUACUAUCCCAGGUCCCGUUGUAACACACGACAUUACCAGCUAUCACACAAUGUUUCUUUUGGCAAUUUUAGGAGGGAUGGCUCUCAUACUUCUAGUCUUGCUGUGUCUGCUUUUGUAUUAUUGCAGAAGAAAAUGUUUAAGACCACGUCAGCAUCAUAAGAAACUGCAACUUUCCACAGCACUGGACACUUCUAAGAAGGAUCAAGCAACCUCUAUGUCCCAUAUAAAUUUAAUAUUUUCACGUCGCGAGUCAGAAUUUCCUGGCGGGCUGUCUGUUGCUAGCAAUGGACACACUGAAAACUCAGGUGCAAAGGAAUUGAUCAGUGCUGUCCACAUGGAGAUGGUAUCACCUAGUGGAGAAGCAGAUAUGCAUACACCUAUGCUCAAACACUCAUUCAGUACUUCCCAGGAGUUCAGCUCCCGAGAGGAACUGCUCUCUGACAAGGAGAAAGACAAGAGCAGAAUUUCCUUGGAUGACCUGACUCCCAGCGGGUCUCUAAGAAAAGACUACCACAAAUCAGCAGAUAGUUUUCCUUUAAAGCCAAGAAAAUCUACAGAAACAGCUGAAGGCUAUGAGUCCCCUAUCAAAGAUGAGUAUAGGAGAAGUUACAAUGCUAUGUUGUCUCAGCCUUUAUUUGAAAAGCAAGAGAGAGAAAUUCAAGUAUCUAUGAACCAUAUUGCUACUGGAAGUAAAUACAAUAUUCAGGAACAAAUAUACCCCACACCUUCGGCCCCUGAAAAAGAGCUGCUGGACUGCAGACCUACUGAUUGUAUGAUGUCUCGUUCAGUUGAUCACCUUGAAAGACCUACGUCUUUCCCUCGACCAGGUCAGUUAAUCUGCUGCAAUUCUGUUGACCAAGUCAAUGACAGUGUUUACAGAAAAGUUUUGCCCGCAUUGGUCAUCCCAGGUCAUUACAUGAAAUUGCCGGGAGAACACCCUUUCGUUAGCCAGCCACUGGUUGUCCCAGCUGACCAGCAGAUUGAUAUAGAAAGACUGCAGGCUGAGCUUCCUAACCCUCAUCCACGGCUUUUCCCACACCCCCCCCAACAGCUGCAGCCCCAACAGUUAGCAUCCCAAGCAAUAUCUCAGCAACAUUUGCAAGAUGCAGGUGCAGCUGAGUGGAGUCAACAAAACGCUUCCAUGUCUGAAUCUAUUUCCAUUCCUGCCUCACUUAAUGAUGCAUCCCUGGCUCAAAUGAAUAGCGAAGUGCAGCUUCUUACAGAAAAGGCUUUGAUGGAAUUAGGAGGUGGAAAGCCACUGCCUCACCCUCGAGCAUGGUUUGUUUCUCUAGAUGGACGUUCAAAUGCUCACGUUAGACAUUCAUACAUUGAUCUCCAAAGAGCUGGUAGGAAUGGGAGUAACGAUGCCAGUUUGGACUCUGGUGUUGACAUGAAUGAACCAAAAUCUGCCCGGAAGGGAAGAGGAGAUCAUCUGUCUGCGCCACAGAGUCACCCACCAGUGCAGGAGCACCAGCAGAGAGAGCGGAAGGUUUCAGAUAGCACAGCUUACACACAACUUGUGUACUUGGAUGAUAUGGACCAAAGUGGCAGCGAGUGUGGAACAGCAGUUUGUAGCCCUGAGGACAAUGCUAUACGAUGCCUACUAGAAGGCACUAGUAAGAGAAGUGGUGUGCAGCUGCCCAGCCUGCAGGAGGAAACGAGAACUGUGGAUACCAAACCAGAGCCAUUAACUAGUCCUGAACACGGAACAUCAGUUCAAGAUGAUGAGGAGGAUGAGGAGGACGAGGAAGACGACCAAGGCGAAGAUAAGAAGAGUCCUUGGCAGAAACGAGAGGAAAGACCACUAAUGACUUUCAAUCUAAAGUGAGCUAUUGUGAAAAUCCACCAUUCAGUGGAGUAUAAAAUUGCCAAAUAUUCUUUCUGUGGAAGUGCUUGAUUUUUUUUUUUUCUUUUUUUUUUGUUGUGGAGAGAAAAGAGAAAAACAAACUGUGGUGAGCAACAUUUGAAAGAACUUAAAUGCAUUACUGUGUAAAUGUUAGAAAAGAAUUAAAAUCAUUCCUCUGAUUUAACAGCUGCCUCAAGUGAGAUAGCUGAACAAAGAGUGUGGUUGUUAUUCCAUAUACUUGAUAUUGGUCAUCCAGGAUGUUGAAAAUACUGACAAAUUGUUUUGGUUGGUUUAUGACCUCAAUCUCCUUAUGAAUGGGAGCUGGUAAAGCUUUUGUUUUGUAGGCCAAUUUUAUGUUGAUAAUGCUACUGAAAGUAUCUUAAAAACAAGAGUUUGACACGUGGUGUCCAAAAUUGUGCAUUAUCUCAAUGAAAGGCUAUGCAUUGCUGCUUUUAGUAAUAUUUUGCUUAUACUAUGCUUUUCUUAAUUUUACAAGUUGGUUGUAAACAUUUUAUGUCCUUUAUUAUAAACUACUCAGCAAUUUAUUUUAAUGUAAAACUGCAGGAAACUUGAGUAGCAUCCCUUAGCAUUGAAGCCUUUUUAUGAAACCAAACUGAACUUUGUGUCGACUAAGAUUCCUCCAAUUCUGGUCCCAUUUACUCAAAGUGCCUUUUUUACAGUAACAAUGAACAGUCCCUUCUUUUGCUAACUCCUUUUAAUUGACCCCAUUUGGGAUUUUAUAAACUUCUGAAAUUCUACCUUUUAUUUUAAGCUGCAUGCCAAGAGUCCCAUUUUGUGCUGAGCAUUUCUCAUUUCAAUACAGUGUAUUCUGUAGCUAUCAUGUAUAUUGUGGAUUCUGUUUAGCCAGGAUAGACUUAGAAGACAUUUUAAAGGGCCCAGAGUAGCCAAGAAGAUAGUUUCAUUGACUGUAUAUAUUGUUAGUUUCCUCUGGAAUCAUAUGAGCUAAUCACGCUCAUAUAAAAUGGACUAUAGACCGAGCAAGUGGACUGAAUGUGUCUAGAAAAAUUUUGAAAAAAAAAAUUAAUAAUGUACUAUCCAAAAGUGCCAGAAUUACUCUUCUGUGCUUUCUCCAUACAGAGCUGCUUGGUUAUCCAAAAAUUAUAAUUGAAAAUAAAUUGCAAAAAAUAUCUUUGUG